UUACAUAAUGGGUAUGCAAGGCAGGGUAUCAAUAGGGAAGUGUAGAUUUCUUGUGUUCUCGUGAGAAUGAAGACCGGAUCAAUUUAAUGCUAAGCGACAUCCUUUUUACAUAGAAGCGUUGAAUGAAGUUGACAGAAAGGAAAUUUAAUACGUAAAGGAAAUUUAAAGUCCCUUUGCCUCAUACAGAUAUCGAGCUUAUAUAGUAAACGUAUUCAUUCAUAAAUCAGUGCGUAUUACGUCUAACUUUACGGAGUAAACUUACUACAAGAAUACAUCAUGGCGAAGGAUAGAAGAGCGAGCGAUAUUUAUAUUCCUGGUUUUGGUCAGAAUGUAGCCACUAAAAAAGAUAUUUCUAUAAUUCACAAAAGAUUGAAGAUACAGAGUGUCGUCAUCAUCAUUCUUGUUCUGCUCUUGCUGUUGUUUAUCAUUGUUUACCUCCUCGGUGUUCCAAUAACUCCCUAUCAAACUGGAACAUCAAGCCUAUUCAAAUCUGAACAAGAUGGGAUUGGUUCCGAUAUAAUGAAGAGAAUCGAACAUCUUGAAAAGGAUUUAAAAGCGAAUAAGGAUUCCCUGGAAUUAGAGAAAAACCUCACUACCAAGCUGCAAACUAAAAUUUUCGUUUUGGAAGCUAGGUUAAUCAAUGCCGAGAAAUUCGGGAAAACCAAAAAUCUUAUCGAGAAAAGACUAAGCAGGGAAGAAAAUAAACAUCAGGCUUUGAUCGAUUCAGUAUUAAACGAAAACGUCAACCUCACUUCCAGAAUAUCAACUGUGGAGUCGAGAUUAGAAGGAGUAGCGGGCGAAGCAACUUCUGCAAAAUCCCAAGUAUCACAGGUCGACCAAAAGGUCACACUUCUCAACGAUUUUGUUGCUAACAAUAUAACAAUAAAAAUAGAAUCCGCCAAAAACCAUUCAUCCAAAAACGCUGUUAUUGUGAAACGAUUACAAAGGUGACUCGAAGGGAAUUUCU